GGGGGUGCGGCGGCGGCGGAGAUGGCCAUCUUAAGUGGCCGCCGAGAGUCCAGGGCUGCGUCCCCGAGCCGGAAGGCGCCCGAGUGGCCCCUGAGUUGAGGCCGGCGCUUCAGGCAGCGGCGGCUGCGCGGCGAACCAGGCGGCCUGUGCGCCGGAGCGCGGAGCCCCGAGUUGCGGCUCGGUCUGGUCCGCGGAGCCCCAGGCCCGGGAGCCGCACGCGGCCCCUGCCUCGGCCCGGAGCUUCCCGGGACGGAUGGCGCGGGCCGAGAGAAGCAGGCGGCUGUGAGCCCUGCGCGGGCCAUGGCCUCGGCGGCGUGCGGGGCGCCGGGCCCGGGGGGUACAGGACCCGGGGGCGCGCUAGGCAGCCAGGCCCCCUCCUGGUAUCACCGCGACCUGAGCCGCGCCGCCGCCGAGGAACUGCUAGCCCGGGCGGGCCGCGAUGGCAGCUUCCUGGUCCGAGACAGCGAGAGCGUGGCGGGGGCCUUCGCGCUCUGUGUGCUGUAUCAGAAGCAUGUCCACACAUACCGUAUUCUGCCUGAUGGAGAAGACUUCCUGGCUGUGCAGACCUCACAGGGUGUGCCAGUGCGCCGCUUCCAGACGCUGGGCGAGCUCAUUGGCCUGUAUGCCCAGCCUAACCAGGGCCUAGUGUGUGCCCUGCUGCUACCUGUAGAGGGCGAGAGAGAGCCGGACCCGCCUGAUGACCGGGAUGCCUCAGAUGGGGAGGAUGAGAAGCCCCCGCUGCCCCCACGCUCCGGCUCCACUAGCAUUCCUGCCCCCAUGGGGCCCAGCAGCCCCCUGCCAUCCCCUGAGACUCCCACAACUCCAGCUGCUGAAAGUGCUCCCAAUGGGUUGAGCACCGUCUCCCACGAGUAUCUGAAGGGCAGCUACGGGCUGGACCUGGAGGCUGUGCGGGGCGGAGCCAGCAACCUACCCCACCUCACCCGUACCCUCGUCACCUCAUGCAGGAGGCUGCACAGUGAGGUGGACAAGGUACUGUCGGGCCUAGAGAUCCUGUCCAAGGUGUUUGACCAGCAGAGCUCACCCAUGGUGACCCGCCUUUUGCAGCAGCAGAGCCUGCCACAGACUGGGGAGCAGGAACUGGAGAGCCUGGUGCUGAAGCUGUCAGUGCUGAAGGAUUUCCUUUCAGGGAUUCAGAAGAAGGCCCUGAAGGCACUACAGGACAUGAGCUCAACAGCACCCCCGGCUCCGCUGCAGCCAUCCACGAGGAAGGCCAAGACCAUUCCUGUGCAGGCCUUUGAGGUGAAGCUGGAUGUGACCUUGGGUGAUCUGACAAAGAUUGGCAAGUCACAGAAGUUCACAUUGAGCGUGGACGUGGAGGGCGGGCGGCUAGUGCUGCUGCGGAGACAGCGGGACUCCCAGGAGGACUGGACAACUUUCACGCAUGACCGCAUCCGGCAGCUGAUUAAGUCCCAGCGUGUCCAGAAUAAGCUGGGCGUUGUGUUUGAAAAGGAGAAGGACCGGACCCAGCGCAAAGACUUCAUCUUUGUCAGCGCCCGGAAGCGGGAGGCCUUCUGCCAGCUGCUGCAGCUCAUGAAGAACAAGCACUCCAAGCAGGAUGAGCCCGACAUGAUCUCAGUCUUUAUAGGCACCUGGAACAUGGGAAGUGUGCCGCCUCCAAAAAACUCCACAUCUUGGUUCACAUCAAAAGGUCUGGGGAAGACCCUGGAUGAGGUCACAGUGACUAUACCCCAUGACAUCUAUGUUUUUGGGACCCAGGAGAACUCUGUGGGUGACCGAGAGUGGCUGGACCUGCUGCGCGGGGGCCUCAAGGAGCUUACGGAUUUGGAUUACCGCCCGAUUGCCAUGCAGUCACUGUGGAACAUCAAAGUAGCUGUGCUGGUCAAGCCAGAGCAUGAGAACCGCAUCAGCCAUGUCAGUACGUCCAGCGUGAAGACUGGCAUUGCCAACACCCUGGGGAACAAGGGAGCUGUGGGUGUCUCAUUCAUGUUCAAUGGCACCUCAUUUGGCUUUGUGAAUUGCCACCUCACCUCGGGAAAUGAGAAGACUGCCCGGCGGAAUCAGAACUACCUGGACAUCCUGCGGCUGCUCUCGCUGGGUGACAGGCAGCUCAGUGCCUUUGACAUCUCUCUGCGUUUUACUCACCUCUUCUGGUUUGGGGACCUCAACUACCGUCUAGACAUGGAUAUCCAGGAGAUCCUGAACUACAUCAGCAGGAAGGAGUUUGAACCCCUGCUCAGGGUAGACCAGCUCAACUUGGAGCGGGAGAAGCACAAGGUCUUCCUUCGAUUUAGUGAGGAGGAAAUCUGCUUCCCACCUACCUACCGUUAUGAACGAGGUUCCCGGGACACAUACGCCUGGCACAAGCAGAAGCCAACUGGGGUCCGAACCAAUGUGCCCUCGUGGUGUGACCGGAUUCUAUGGAAAUCCUACCCUGAAACCCACAUCAUCUGCAAUUCCUAUGGUUGUACGGAUGACAUUGUCACCAGCGACCAUUCCCCUGUGUUUGGAACAUUUGAGGUUGGAGUUACCUCUCAGUUCAUCUCUAAGAAAGGGCUCUCAAAGACUUCAGAUCAGGCCUACAUUGAGUUUGAGAGCAUCGAGGCCAUUGUGAAGACAGCCAGCCGCACCAAGUUCUUCAUCGAGUUUUAUUCUACUUGCCUGGAAGAGUAUAAGAAGAGCUUCGAGAAUGAUGCCCAGAGCAGUGACAACAUCAACUUCCUCAAAGUGCAGUGGUCCUCACGCCAGCUGCCCACGCUCAAGCCAAUUCUGGCUGACAUUGAGUACCUGCAGGACCAGCACCUCCUGCUCACUGUCAAGUCCAUGGAUGGCUAUGAAUCUUACGGGGAGUGUGUGGUUGCACUGAAAUCCAUGAUUGGCAGCACGGCCCAGCAGUUCCUGACCUUCCUGUCCCACCGCGGCGAGGAGACAGGCAACAUCCGUGGUUCCAUGAAGGUUCGGGUGCCCACAGAGCGUGUGGGCACCCGUGAGCGGCUCUAUGAGUGGAUCAGCAUUGAUAAGGAUGAGGCAGGAGCGAAGAGCAAAGUCCCCUCUGUGUCCCGAGGCAGCCACGAGUCCAGGCCAGGGAGCCGCAAGCCAGCCUCUGCAGAGGCCUCCUGCCCGUUAUCCAAAUUAUUCGAAGAGCCAGAGAAACCGCCACCGACUGGAAGGCCCCCAGCCCCACCCCGAACAGCUCCCCGGGAGGAGCCCGUGACCCCCAGGUUGAAGCCAGAGGGGGCUUCUGAGCCAGAAGGGGUGGCACCCCCCCCACCCAAGAACAGUUUUAAUAACCCUGCCUACUACGUCCUUGAAGGGGUGCCGCACCAGCUGCUGCCCCUGGAGCUGCCCUCGCCUGCCAGGGCCCCUGUCCCACCUGCCACGAAGAACAAAGUGGCCAUCACAGUGCCUGCUCCACAGCUUGGACGCCACCGGGCCCCUCGUGUAGGAGAGGGAAGUUCAUCAGAUGAGGACUCUGGGGGCACGUUGCCCCCUCCAGACUUUCCUCCUCCACCACUGCCAGACUCGGCCAUCUUCCUAACCCCCAGCCUGGAUCCUUUGUCAGUACCAGUAGUCAGGGGCCGUAGUGGGGGUGAGGCCCGUGGCCCACCACCUCCUAAGGCCCACCCGAGGCCUCCACUACCUCCAGGUCCUUCACCUGCUAGCACUUUCCUGGGGGAGGUAGCAAGUGGGGAUGACCGGUCUUGCUCAGUACUACAGAUGGCCAAGACACUAAGUGAGGUGGAUUAUGCUCCCGCUGGGCCUGGGCCUGGGCCUGGAUGCUCAGUGCUUCUCCCUGGCCCCCUGGAGUUGCAGCCAUCCCGAGGGCUGCCCUCAGACUAUGGCCGGCCUCUCAGUUUUCCUCCACCCCGGAUCCGAGAGAGCAUCCAGGAGGACUUGGCAGAGGAGGCUCUGUGCCCGCAGGGCGGGCGGGCUGGUGGCGGCCUGGGUGAGGCGGGCAUGGGUGCCUGGCUGCGGGCCAUCGGCUUGGAGCGCUAUGAGGAGGGCCUGGUGCACAAUGGCUGGGAUGACCUGGAAUUUCUCAGUGACAUCACUGAGGAGGACCUGGAAGAGGCUGGGGUCCAGGAUCCAGCUCACAAGCGCCUCCUUCUGGAUACCCUGCACCUCAGCAAGUGACAGUGGAGGCCACAUCAAGCUUUGAACUCAGCACCGUUCCCCAUCUACGAAGGACCAGGGGCACCCCUGGUGUUGAAAAGUUAUAAGGAGCGGAGUAGUAUCUCUAUUUAUUGGGGAUCUGUGUCCCCCAUGGCCCAGUCAUACCCUGAUAGGACAUCCCAGCCUACCCAUCUUUUAGACCCGACCCGGGCUGCAGAUGUCAGUAGCCUGCUGUGGUAGCAAGUAAAGUGCCCUUGGUUACGGGUGCAGUCUUUCUCGACCCCUCCCGGCCCUGGGGGUUCAUGUAGGGCAGUUGGAUAUAUCUGGUUCCCUCCCUCCGCCCCACCCUCCCGUUUUCACUGAGGUUUCUGCUACCCUCACUGGGCCUCAGCCACAGGGAAGAGUUCUUUCAGGACUCCUCCAACUCCUGCUCCCAGGAUAUCCGUCCGGAAAUGAAGGAAGCCCAAGGACCGGGCUGGGGUUUAUUAAGCUUUUCUGUGUGGGUCUGGGGAGGGAGAACGACUUAAUGUUAUUGGGGGGAGGGCAGACCUUGGCCAUAAAGUACGUUUGCUUA